UAUUAUUAUUAUUGCGUCAAACAAACAUGGCCGCGCGGUUAGGUAGUUCGUCUGAGUGCUGCACACUCAAAAAGGCUCUAAAUAAAUUAAUAUCCAAAACCUCUACCUCCCCAAGGGCACGAACCCACUCGGAACCGCUGUAUGUGAUCUCACUGGAGCGCUAUGGCAGAGACCCGGACUUCGAGAUCCGUUUUCCGGACGUUAUUUCGAUGUCAGAGAGUCUGUUUGACGCUACCAUCACUGACGGAGACUGUAAAAUCCGCGUCUCUAUGGAUCCCAGUGUCAAUAGACUCAUCAGCAAAAAUAAACUGCACUGCGGGUCAGUCAUACGGAACGUGGAGUUCAGCCGCGGAGAGGACAACGACGAAGACGGCGGCUCGUUUCACGUUUGUAAUCUGGAAGUGGAUAGACUCUGCGGCGGUGACGCGGCUCUCCGGGCACUGUCAUCUGUGAACGUGAGGUCCAUUCCGUGGAUGGGAGGAAAUUCGAAUGCAGGUCCCCUCAGAGCCCGCAGAAGCUCGUACCUGCCGCUAUGGAAUAAUCAGGACUUUUACGGAGAGGUGUGGCGGGACACGCCCCCCUCUGAACACGGUCCAGAAGAAGACGACAGUGAGGAUGGAAGAGAGGAUACGAGGUCCACAGUUUCACUCUCUGUAAUACGCAGGCGUUUCUUAAAUGGAUCUCGGAGAUUCCCCGGAGUGUUGUGUGUCCGGAUUUUGCACAAAUACAGACUGAUGUAUUAUGGGAAAACAGAUCAGAAAUGUGAAUGUCCCUAUAAGGCAGAGCUGCUAGUCGGGGAUGGUUCAUCCAGUGCUUGUGUGGUGCUGUGGAACACACUUUGUUUGGACUGGCUUCGAAUCCUGCAGCCUGGCCAGGUUGUAAAAUUGAGUCGCUACAGAGUCAAGGAAAGUUACAACAGUCGCUCAGGGCAGGAAUCAGAGCCACAAAUUGAGAUCAGUCUUAAUUCCAGGAACCCCCCUGCUCAAAUUUCUAUCAUCCCUAAGAACCAGAUUUCCCCAGAUUGGCUUUUGCCAGACCUGCCUCAUACGUUUAUCUGCGGGCAGGAACUUCCUUGUUGUCCACAUGGCCACAUCUGCGAUGUCAUUGGUGUGGUGAUUUUCAUUGGUCGAUCAGAACGUGUCAGAAGCCAAGCAGAUGGGCAGAGGUCGGAGCUUGAAGAGUAUCGAUGGCUCCAGUUGGAGGGUAGAACUUCAGAUAGGCCAAUCAUGAUCAAGCUGUUCUCCACAUCACAGCCUGACAUUCAAAGCCGAAUCUAUCCAAUGGCACUACUUGUCUCCACACGGUUAAAACUUAUCAGAAGUGCCAUGGACAGAAGUACAUCUUUUGAAUAUCUCACUAAUACAUCAUUGACCCAGGUUUACUGCACAGGCACGGGCUCUCAGCCUAUGAUGCCGUACAAAGGGGUACGCCCAGUCCGACAGUUCCUCCAAUGGCUGAAGCAGGUAGACGAGGGAAGCAUGCUAGAAAGGGCUGUGAUUGGAGGAUAUUUUAGUUACCCACCUCUUCCUGUUUCAUUGCACACUUUCAUGGAAAACAGACAAGGGGGAGCUGGUCUCAUCAGUGGAGGAGAGAUGAAGUUAGAAUGUGAGAGGAUGAAUUACAGAGAAAGGCAGAGAUUCACUAUUCAAUGUGUCAUCACUGCAGCCUGUUAUCACCACAGAGAGGACAGCGGGCGAACACAGUAUACAGAUCUUCCAUCCGCUCCACUGAGCCCUAGAGUGCCACGGCAAAGACAGGGGUCUGAACCUCACAGGACAACUAUGAAGAGGAAACUUUUUAGCAGUGGGCCUACCACUCAUAGAAAGAGGUUAGCACCACCUCUGCAGCCACCUGCAAUAGAAGAGGAUACAGAAAGGGAUUUCUCUCUGUUCGACGGCGCUAUGGAGUUUCUGGUUGGUGAAUGUGACAAUGACAGUAGCGAUGAAGAUGAUGACGGAGACUUUUCGACUCCGCCCACAAGUCCCUUGACCUCACGUCUUGGACUCUUACGUGUUGCCAUUGAAACAUUGCCACGGGUUUUUUGUUAUGAACGACGGCACAUUCAGGCUGCUGCUGUGGGGAUGCAGGCUAAUAGCUUUCACAAACUCCUCCCACAAAGAGAGUUGGAGUCAUUUUCUCCUGCCUCCUGCUACACAGGCUACUUUACCCUAACAAUGAGAGCUUUGUCAGAUGGAGUGACUCUUGAUGUUAUUUUCCUGCCUGCUGUCCCUGGAAACCUGCACUGGACGUCCCUCCCCCUUUCACACGAUAACUCAUGGGAGUCUGUCUUAUCACAUGGAGGGUUUUCACCGCAUGUCCCACCCCCAAGCCCAGCUGACCUGAUCACUAAAGCCGACCAACUGACCAAUCAACGACUGUUGUGUGUGUUAGAGGCAUGUGCAUUAGGUGGAGAGAAGGUGGAACUUGUGCUAAACCGUGCAUUCCCUUUACGGUAACAGAGAAACAUUAUGUAGAUGUAAAGACAAAAUCGUGUAAAAGAUUGUGCAUCGGUUGUUGUAUAACAUUAUUUAUGUUUUUUUAAAUGUAUAUAUAAUCGAACAAAUGUACAUAUUUUAUUAUUAUUUAUUUUGUUAUUAAGUAAAUUUAAGUGACAAUGCUAAUUAAAUUUUACC